AUGGCGGCUUGCACGCGCGCCAGGCAGCCUGGGAUGCUGGCUUUUCCUUCUCCUGGCAGCGGGCAGGGCUCUGUUUCAGGCAUGAGCGGAGAGAAACCUAAAAAGAAUGCUUUCUAUCUAGUGAGGAUGAAGCCACUGAAGGAGCCCGCCACUAACAGCAAUGUCUCGUUCGUGCUACACUGUCACAUAGGCAAGGAGAUCAAACACAUUUGCAGCAACUGCAGUCGCGGGGAGGAAGCCCGUGACGCAGAGGAAGUGGAAAGACUGGCUGCAAUGCGUUCAGAUUCUCUAGUACCUGGGACACACACACCUCCAAUCAGAAGAAGAAGCAAAUUUGCCACUCUUGGAAGGCUAUUUAAGCCGUGGAAAUGGAGGAAGAAGAAGAGUGAAAAAUUCAAGCACACUUCUGCAGCUUUGGAAAGAAAGAUAUCAAUGAGGCAAAGCAGAGAGGAGCUUAUAAAACGAGGAGUGCUAAAGGAAAUCUUUGAUAAAGAUGGAGAGCUCUCCAUACCAAAUGAAGAAGGAGCUUUGGAGAAUGGGCAGCCUCUGGGCUCUGGACAAGUGCUGAGCUCCAGCCAGGUAUCCCUGCCAGCCCUAGCAGAACUGGAGUCAGGCUCAGCACCUGGGGAACCCUGCUCGUACGAGGUGCUCCCAACCACAGAGAUCAUGGAUGGGACAGUGUCUGAAGAAAGCCCCACAUCCAAUGAAUCUGGAGCCCUCCUGUCCCAAGAUCCUACAGCUAAGCCAGUCCUGCUACUUCCCCCCAAAAAAUCUGCUGCUUUCCCUGGAGACCAUGAGGACACCCCAGUGAAACAGUUGUCCCUCCUCAAACAGCCCCCUGCCCUGCCUCCUAAACCUAUUGCCAGGAUUGCCAGCCACUUAACUGAUCCUGGCGCUCCUGUGAAACUGCCUUGUAUGCCAGUUAAACUGUCGCCUCCACUACCUCCAAAGAAAGUCAUGAUUUGCAUGCCCUUAGGGGGGCCAGACCUCUCCUCUCUCUCAUCCUAUUCCACACAGAAGAGCUCCCAGCAGCCUUUGACUCAGCACCAUCACACUGUCCUGCCAUCCCAGUUAGCAGCUCACCAGCACCAGCUCCAGUACGGCAGCCACAGCCAGCACCUGCCUUCUGGAUCCAGCACGUUGCCCAUACACCCUUCGGGGUGCCGGAUGAUAGAGGAACUGAACAAAACACUAGCCAUGACCAUGCAAAGACUAGAAAGCAGUGAGUGAAGCAACCCAGUCUUCCAUUGCACUGUUUCCUUUUAGUUCAUUUAUUUGUUUUUGUUUCCCAACAGCUCUGGUUUACACACAGGUGACAAUGUUACAAAAACAGGACCUGGAGGCCUUCCAGACAUGAGACAAGUGCCAACUGUUGUGAUCGAAUGCGAUGACAAUAAAGAAAAUGUGCCUCAUGAAGCUGACUAUGAAGAUUCUUCCUGUCUCUACCCAAGACAGGAAGAGGAGGAAGAGGAAGACGAAGAUGAGGAUAACUCGUUAUUUACAAGUUCCCUGGCAAUGAAAGUCUGCAGAAAGGACUCUUUAGCAAUCAAACUCAGCAACAGGCCUUCCAAGCGAGAAUUGGAGGAAAAGAACAUCCUCCCUAUGCAGACUGAUGAGGAGAGACUUGAACUUAGGCAGCAGAUUGGAACAAAGUUAACAAGACGACUGAGCCAGAGGCCGACAGCUGAAGAAUUGGAGCAGAGGAACAUUCUGAAACCCCGGAAUGAGCAAGAGGAGCAGGAAGAAAAACGAGAGAUAAAGAGAAGAUUAACACGUAAGCUGAGUCAGAGGCCCACGGUAGAGGAGCUGCGUGAGAGGAAGAUCCUCAUCCGCUUCAGCGACUACGUGGAGGUGGCCGACGCGCAGGACUAUGACAGGAGGGCAGACAAACCCUGGACGCGACUCACGGCUGCCGACAAAGCAGCCAUUCGUAAAGAGCUUAAUGAAUUUAAAAGCUCUGAAAUGGAAGUUCAUGAAUUAAGUAGGCAUCUAACAAGGUUUCACAGACCGUAGCAGUUAAAUUCUACCUGAACUACUAUGCUGUCUUCAAAACAUAACAAAAAGGAACCAUAAGUGCUGGUAUUAUUCACUUCCCUGUUAUGUACAAUGUAAAUCUUACAAACUGCCUUUCUACAAAAAGAAAAAAAGUAGAUGAAUAUUUAAAAAUAUAAAAGAAAAUUGUAUGUACAUGUGAUGGGUACUGCAGCAUCAUCAGACCUGCUGGCUCAAGCUUCAAUUACAGAAAAUACCCCUGGUGGGAAUCGUGCCAAGACGCAGCAUUUAUGUGUAAGACUUUCCUGGCAUGUGGAUUUGCCAUACGUGUUCAAGCCCGGCUGGUGGGGCAUCCAUUAGUUCACCUUCAGGUACCCUUCACCCUGGCAAGCCUCUGUUGUCAACCUGAGAGAGCCCUGAGAUGGUAUCCAGGGAACCACGGGCCUGGGUGAAGUCUCCAGUAGACCUGCACCUAUGGCACUAAAGCACUUCCUUAUACCAAACGCUCCUUUCAGUCUGCAAGCACCUUACGAGGACAGAGAAGAAGCAAAACUAUUCUGUGGGCUGUUUCAUCUGCAACCAUCAUCUGACUUGAAGCUGCUUGCUUGCCUACCCUGGAAAAGCAUAUGGCAACAGUUGGCUCCCAAGAAGAAAAAAGGACUCCCUGCGUGGUCACUGCAUGGUAUUCUCUCAGGCUGUAGCUUGUUUUUAUGCUCAAGCCUCAUGACUGUGUGAGGGCCAACACACCUCCAGCAGCAAGAAGGGCUGGGAUUGCCACCUGUGCUGCAGAGGGCACACCAUGGGAAAACUGGGGGCUGAUGGGGGACAGUUAUCCUCCCUAUGCCAGGUAUAAAGAACUGAUCCUAAAUGUGUACUGAGAAAAGCAUGAUGGUAUGUCAACUAGCCUAACAAAGGAAGGCUGUUGCAUUGGUAUGGAUGGUGGGACUCCUCACUGGUACGUGCAGCUGAAGCAUAAGGACA